GAGAGAGAGAGAGAGAACGAGGAGAGAGAGAGAGAAAGAGAGAAAGAACAGAAAGAGAACGGACCCAGUUUAUACGUAACGAGUGUAGAAGCGGUUCAUUGCUCCGCUCUAACUUGUCGUCAAGAUGGAUUGGGAAUCGAUCACGAUGGCGAGUCUUCACUUGACGAUGACCGAACAUCGAUACUACAAAAGCAUUUUUAAGUAUUACUGUAAAAUAAGUGACAGCGACAGUGUACCGGUGAUCCAAGUUGCCGAACUACUACGCUCGGCAAAUUUACCAGGAUUUGUCACGAUGAAGAUAUUGGAUAUCUGUUUUGGAACUGAAGCAGCACACAUUGGUACACAUCUUGGAGAAAAACAAUUUUAUGCAUUAUUAAAGCUUGUAGGAGCUCAUCAAGCAGGACUUAACAUUCAUAAAGACAUAAUUACUAUGCCUUUGGAUGUUAUUACUUUACCAAGAUUUAGUGGGACAGUAUGUGGAGAUGAAGAUGGUAGAAGAAGUUCAGAUUCCAAUAGGUUUAUGAAAGGUCAUUUCCAUGCUCCAGAAAGUACUACAGAAAGUGAAAGUGAAGCAGAAUCUCCAAGGGAAGCUGGUGGUAGUACAGAUUCACCAACACCGACAAAUAGUGUAAUACAGGAAAGAAACAACGAUAUAGAUGAGGAAGCAAUAUUAGACUCGGUAUUUGGAGGUUGGCAUGGAUCAUUAGUAUCUGAAGAACGAAGGCAAUUGUUAGGAACUGAAGAAGAAAGUUCAGAACGUCAUAGCAGUGAUGAAGGUGAAGGAGAUGGUGACAGCUCAGGAUUUCCACCUGAAGAAGUUUGGAUAAUUAGUGAUGAACAACGCGAAUAUUAUGCUGCCCAAUUUGCGCAAUUACAACUUGAUCCUGAAGGACUUUUGCAUGGUCCUAUAGCAAGGACAUUUUUUGAAAAGUCUGCACUCCCUUUAAGAGAACUGAGUCGUAUUUGGCAACUAGCAGAUAUAACCAGAGAUGGAGCAUUAAGUUUACAAGAAUUUUUUGUGGCUAUGCAUCUUGUUGUUUUACGAAGAAAUCAUGUGCCUCUACCUGAUGUCUUACCUCCACCCUUAUUAAUCCCUCUGCUUAAGCAAAAAACUGGUCCACCACCUGUUCCACCUAGUACAACUGUUCAAAAAACUUCACCUAAUACCACUGGUACUCGUGAAAGAAACAAAGAGUGGACAAAAUUUGUUGAUUCACCAACUGGAACUAGCAGUUCUCUGACUAGCCCAGGUCUACAAUUAGUGAAUUUUGAUUUUCAAAAAUCUGCAGUUGAAAAAGACCCUAAAAUUCUGCAUCCUGUACCAUUACGUUUAACACCUGAAGCAGCAAUCCUCGCUUCUGGAGCUAAUGGUAAUAAUAGUAGCUGUACUACAUUAGGAGAUGAUGAUCUCCAACGCACUGCAAGUGCAUUGGUGCAACGACCUCUCAUAAAAAAACCACCUCCACCUGUUGAAGAAGCUAUUAUUGUAACUCCAAAGAAGGAACCACCACCUCCACCACCACCCAGACCAUAUAGAACACAUGCAAGAAGUUCUAGUCUUGAUCUUAAUAAAUUAGGUAUAUGUUGCUACCAAUACUCUGCGAUACUUUUCAUCUUACCACCAAGAAUCUCUCCUGGAAUUACUUCACCUCGAAAAUUGGUUGGUCAAAAAAGUGAGGGAGAGGGACAAAAAACCUUAAAUGAAAAUCAAGGUUUUGUUGCUGAUUUUUCUCACUUUUCUCCAAAGAGUGAACUACCUGAAAAUCCACCGUUGGAAACUCCACAACCACAGCAGUUUACUGGUGUCUGUGGUGCAUUUCAUAUUUACAGAAAACCCAGUCCAAAGCGUGAAGGAGGAGAUGAAGAUACUCCUAAGGAUGAACUAGAAGAAUCAAAGAAACUAACUUUACACGAAUUACGAGAAAAAAACGCCGAACUGCGAUUAGUUUGUGAAGAAUUAACAAGAGAAUUAGCUAGCGCACUGCAGGAACGUAUAAAUCUUCGUGCAAAACUCUUACUUUUAACAUGA